AGAAACAAAUUCGGGUGCAUUUGGCGGAAUCUUGAAUUUCCCAAGUAUUGUUAUAGUUUUCAAAUCUACAGGCACAGGUAGAGGUGGAUGCUAAAAAAAGGACACAGGGCCUUGGAGAGAGAAAGAGUGGAGUGGGUUUAUCAGGGGACGGACGACGCCCCCACACGAUCUGUGCGAAAAACAUUUUGUGGUACCCAGAAAGGGGAAGGAGGGGCUAAGCCAAGAAAUCCAUCCAAUCAUGCCUUCAGGUGCGAAGAAGAGAAAAGCUGCCAGAAAGAAGAAGGAAAAGGAAACCAACAGCACCAGCCCAUCAUCAACCGACAACAAUAACACCCAUGGUACUUGCCUUUGCUUCAUAUGGCCUUUUCACUAUGAUAGUUGCCGUCGCUUUUUCUAUCUCUAUAUUAGUUAAAUUCUGAACGAUUUUCGGUUCUGGUCCCUUGGUUUUGUUGAUUUUGAUGGGAAUUAUUACUGUUUAAUCCUCAUGUUCAGUUAUAGUCCAGUUCCUUUUAGCUUUCAUUUUGGUUUUUCAUCUGUUAAAUUGGCUUGAUAAAGAUUGCUACUUGGUCCCUUUACCUUCUUUCUCUAUUUUAUCUUGGACUGUUUUGGUUAAGCUAAUUAUACAAGUCGUCACUGAAUCUUUAGUCACUGUUUUUAUUAGUGCUGGUUUGAUUGGUUUUAAACAAAUUGUUUGUUUAGUUGUUUGCAUAGUGAUUAUUAUAAUUGUGGCAAUCAAACCAAAUGGUCUUAGGACAUGAUGAUCCGAAAAGCCAAGAUGAGAGGGACAGUGACGGUGGUGAGGUUGGGUCCCCUGCAUCCCAGGACCACCAGAAUCACCAUCAUCCUUUCAGUGAGGGGGAUCAAGAAAGUGAGAAGAGAGACACCUCACCCCUUCAAUCAUUUGUUUCGGAGAGCAAUUCCAUGGAAGAAAUCCCUAAAAAAGCAGAAAGUACUGAGAUAUUAGGACAACAUGAUGAUGUUGUGGUUAAAAUCGAGAGGCAAGUGGAUGAUGAGGAUCUGGACAGGAGAGACGUAAGCAUUAAGCAUGUUGAGCAUGAUAGGUCCAGCAGCAGCAGCAGCAGCAGUUCAGAUGAUGAGUCUCAAGCAUCUGAGAAGAAAUUGAAGGAGGAAACCCACGAUUCAACAUCUAAACCAAUCUCAAACAGUGAUGAGGGUAAACCAGCCAAUUCUCAACAUGAAGAUGUGGUGCAGAUAACUGAAAACGUGUCAUUUGGAGUUGGGGAAGUUGAUAAUGAUACUAUUUCAGCUGCAGAAACUGCUUUUGUUGGUAAAGUGGUUGAGCCUAUUUUAUCUACACCUGAGGAGGUGAAUCCUGUCAUAGAAAGUUCUUCUAUAAACAAUUCAGUGGUUUCUGAAGAUGUUGAACUGAGGUUGAAAGAAAAUGAAGAGAAAUUAUUGCCCAAAUCAAAUGGUGUUAAUGGAGUUCAAUCAGAAGGAAAUGAAGGCAAGAUGUUGCCACCAUCAAGUGGUCUCACCGGUGAAACUAGUACUGUUGUAGAAAAUAUCCAAGAUUCUGAAAUUCCUGGGGAAAAGCAGGCUCUUGUUGCUUCAACUCCACCAGUAGUGCGAAGAACGUCAUGGUUAAGUUGCUGUGGAUUAUUUGAUGUUCUUUCAGGAUCUGGCAGUUAAUUUCAGGCUGGGAUGACCCACCAAGUUGAAAAUGGUAUAUUAUACCCUUUACAGUUUAGUUGAUUGCAUAAUUAGAUAUUCUUGUUCUUUCCAUAUGUCUGAUACAGAAUUUGCACGUUUCUUUUCUUUGCUUAAAUUUCUUUUUUUACUUCCCCUUGGGUGUGGGUGGCUGGGGGUGGAAGUUCUAUUCGUAAGUUGAACUAAGACAUGGCCACAUGGGUCAACCUCUUCCCAAGCCUUACUAUGUGAGCUGAUUCUAAGUCUUUCCUAGUUGAUCUAAUCAUGCUUCAUAUCUCUGUCACUUUCCCUUCCCUCUUUCUCUUAAAAUAUCUAUGUCAAAAGGAGAUAUUUGAUGCCAUUAAUUCUUGUUGCUUUUUCUUGCAAAGAAAAGGUAGAAAACCAUGCCAGGGGCCAAACAAUGGAGAAAUGGGUUACCAACUAUUGGUUGGAAUGAAUAAAAUAACAAUAGCAUGUAAAGAGCACUCUUUAUAACUACUUUUGAUGUUUGGAUGAGCUUGGAAUGUGGCAUUUGAAAUCGUGUCUGCCCAUUAUUUGUUCUGUCAUUCCAUGGUUCCCUAGGAUGUUUCAAGCAAUACAACUCCUGAUUAUUA